AUGGCAGACUUCAGCAAUGAGACAAAGCCAUCCAUCACUGUACACGGUCUAAACUAUAAAUUUCAAGAUGGGUCGUCCGGCUUGACCAAUGUGUCACUCGAUCUUCCUUCAGGGAGUCGAACCUUGCUCGUCGGAGCAAAUGGUGCGGGCAAGACUACCCUUCUGCGUUUGCUGGCAGGCAAGCGUCUGGCCCCAACGGAUACAAUUUCCGUCGGUGGGAAGGACCCUUUCAAGCAUGGCCUCGAGGGGGUGACAUACCUCGGUGUCGAAUGGGUGCUCAACAGCAUCGUCCGCACUGAUAUCGACGUUCCGACCCUGCUGGCAUCUGUGGGCGGAGACGCCUAUCCCGAGCGCAGGGAUGAGCUCGUUGAGAUCCUCGAUGUCGACCUCAGAUGGCGCAUGCAUGCUGUUUCGGAUGGAGAGCGGCGCCGGGUACAGCUGGCCAUGGGCUUACUACGCCCUUGGCAAGUGCUCCUUCUGGAUGAGAUCACUGUGGACCUUGACUUGCUGUCUCGGAGUAACUUUCUUUCCUUCCUCAAGCGAGAAACCGAGACAAGAGCAUGCACAAUUGUCUACGCCACGCAUAUUCUAGACAAUCUAUCGCACUGGCCUACGCAUCUGGUGCAUAUGCAUCUCGGCAAUAUCAGACAAUGGGGCCCCAUGGAGAAAUUUCAGCAGGAAGUCACCGAGACCUCAGAGAACAGCCAACUCAGUGAGCUCAUCCUCAAAUGGCUCAAAGAGGACUUGAAGGCCAGAGGACCGAGAAAUGGAAAGAGCGAGGGCAAGACAUAUGAGGCCCUUGGCGCAAUUGGAGGAUACGGGCUGGAAAAGCACAGCUAG